CAUGGAUUUGUUGGACUUGGAUACCAAGCAAGUGCCUUGUGAAGUGGUCGCCUUAGGGAUGGAAAAUGGAUUGAUUUCGGACUCCCAGAUAACAGCAACAAGCGUUUGGAAUGCGGUUUUGUCGACGCGACAUGGUCGUUUAAAUGAUGCAGCUUCCUGGUCUGCACGGAAAAAUGAUCAGGACCAAUGGAUUCAAAUUGACCUCGGCAAGAAAGAUGUUGUCGCAGCGAUUGCCACUCAAGGUCGUCGUAAUUAUAAUCAGUGGGUGAAGACCUAUUCUGUAUCCUAUAGUUCCAAUGGAGAACACUUCGAUUAUUACAAAAUAAACGGAUUAGUCAGGGAAUUCAAUGGUAAUUAUGACAAAAACUCGCUUGUGGAAAAUGUCCUAUCACCAACUGUAACCACGCGUUACGUCCGCAUUCAUCCAAAGACAUGGUACGGCCACAUAUCUUUGAGAAUUGAAGUUUAUGGCUGUUCUUCAGGACCUUGCAAAGAAGGAGAGGUUGCAUUUGGAAUGCAAAAUGGAAAGAUUCACGACUCGCAUAUUACAGCGUCAUCAUUUUGGAGUGCAUCCUUAUCACCACAAAAAGCUCGCUUAAAUGGGGUUGCAUCAUGGUCGUCUUCAGGUCGAAAUAAUCAGAAACAAUGGAUACAGAUUGAUCUUGGCAAAGAAAGGGUUAUCACAGCCAUUGCCACUCAAGGUCGUGCUAAUUAUAACCAAUGGGUGAAGACUUACUCAGUGUCUUACAGCUUGAAUGGCCAAAAUUUUCAAUUGUACCUGAUCAAUGGAGUUAAAAAGGUGUUCUAUGGAAAUAGCGACCGUUGGUCUAUCGUAACAAACGUUUUAUCUCAGCCGAUAACUGCCCGUUACAUACGCAUACACCCAGAGUCUUGGUAUGGUCACAUAUCCAUGAGAUUAGAGAUUUAUGGUUGCUAUUCGUAUGAAGGACCUUGCAAGUCAGGUGAGGAAGCUCUUGGAGUUGAAAAUGGAAAGAUUUCUGACAUAACCGCAUCGUCUGUUUGGAAUGCUGCAUUAUCAACCCAACAGGGUCGAUUGAACAGCAGAUCCUCGUGGUCUGCACGCAGAAAUGAUCAGAACCAAUGGAUUCAGGUUGAUCUUGGAAGAAAAGAGACCAUCACUGUGAUUGCCACUCAAGGACGAAGUAAUUAUAACCAGUGGGUUAAGACUUUCUCUGUAUUCUACAGUUUGAACGGACACACAUUUGAGCCUUACAAGAUCAAUGGCAUACAGAAGGUGUUCACUGGAAAUACAGACAGAAACUCGGUUGUUUUUAAUGUAUUAUCACCAACAAUAACAACGCGUUAUAUUAGGAUACACCCCAAAACCUGGCAUUACCACAUAUCCAUGCGACUGGAACUUUAUGGCUGUAAAAGAGAAAAAGAGACACUUUGCAAUCUCGGAGAGACGACGCUCGGUAUAGAAGAUGGAAGAAUUGGCAGUACCCAAUUGAUUUCGUCAACUGUUUGGAGUCCUUCAUACUCGGCAGCUCGUGGGGGAAGGUUGUAUGACGCUGGUGCAUGGAUAGCACUUGCUAAUGACCUGAACCAAUGGAUGCAGGUUGAUCUUGGCAGAAGGGAAGUUGUUACAGGAAUUGCCACUCAAGGUCGAAGUAAUUCCAACCAAUGGGUGAAGACGUACUUGGUAUCCUAUAGUUUGGAUGGACGAAUAUUUAAUACUUACCAAAGCGAUGGUGUUGACAAGACAUUCAUUGGAAAUACUGACAGAAAUACGAUCAUAAAAAACGUUUUAUCUCCUGCAAUAACUGCUCGUUACGUUCGGAUACAUCCAGUGACGUGGCAAAGUCACAUAUCGAUGAGAAUGGAACUUUAUGGCUGCUUUAGAGCUCCUAAGCCAUGCGAUUCGACUCCUUGUAAAAAUGAAGGAAUCUGUCAAAAUGACGGGGAAUCCUUUCUCUGCACGUGCGUUGGAAGUUACGAAGGGAAAACAUGCGAAGAAUAUGCAAGUCCUUGCAAAACACAUGAGGUCGGACUGGGCGUAGAGAAAGGAAAAAUUCCUGAUGAUCAGCUGACAGCAUCAACUUCAUAUCGUGUAGCAUUAAAUGUGCUACAUGGACGAUUAAAUGGUGGUCCCUCGUGGUCAGCACGCCAAAACGAUAGGAACCAGUGGAUGCAGGUGGAUCUUGGCAGAGAGGAAGUUGUUACGGGAAUCGCCACUCAGGGUCGAAAUAAUUACAACCAAUGGGUAAAGACGUACUCGGUGUCCUAUAGUUUAGAUGGAAGAAUUUUUUAUGCUUACGAAAGCGGUGGUGUUGGCAAGAUAUUCAUUGGAAAUACUGACAGAAAUACGAUCAUAAAGAACGUUUUAUCUCCUGCAAUAACUGCUCGUUAUGUUCGGAUACAUCCAGUGACGUGGCAAAGGCACAUAUCGAUGAGAAUGGAACUUUAUGGAUGUUAUAGAGCGCCGAAGCCCUGUGACUCGUCACCCUGUAAAAAUGAAGGGAAAUGUACAAACGAAGGAAAUUUGAGUUUUUCAUGCAAGUGUCGACCGUACUUCAUUGGUCUGACGUGCGAGACAGAGCUUCCAAACCCCUGCCAAGCAAAACCAUGCCGGAAUGGCGGACAUUGUGUUGUCUUGGGCAACCAUUAUUCCUGCAGAUGUAAACCAGAAUUUGGUGGAGUGCAUUGUGAACACAGCCAGUCUUUGUGUUGGGCGCAUGGAGAUCCACACUACAGAUCAUUUGAUGGACUAACGUUUAACUUCAUGGGAACGUGCGAAUAUGACUUUGCUAAGGACUGCAGCGUUAAUAAGCUGUUUACUGUACGUACCACAAACAAAAGAUGUGGGUGGGGAGUCUCUUGCACUGCGUCUGUGAAGAUCUACAUCGCUAGUUAUCAUAUUCUUAUGACGAGAGUACGUCAAACGGCUAUAGUUAACGGAGUAAAGAUAACCAGAUUUCCCCUAUUUCGACCAGGAUUCCAGAUAACUAACCCAAGUGUAAAGUUGCUGAUAUUCUCAUCAACUGAUAUUGGUUUGACAGUGUCCUGGGACACGUCAAUGGCGAUUAAGGUAGCAGUUUCCGGGAGGUUCCGAGAGAAGCUGUGUUCUUCGUCGUUAUGUGGCAACAAUAAUGGCAACAAAUUUGACGACAACAAGUUCAGCCGAAAUUGUGCUCCUCCAGCUGAUGAGCUUUCAUGCAUUCCCGACUCUUUGACCCAACCUAUCAUUGACAAAUGUCAGCUAAUGAAUAGUCCCAGUUCCCCAUUCAAACAUUGCAACAGCUUUGUGGAUCCAACGACGUUGAUCAGUGAUUGUAAAUAUGAUGCGUGUCGUUGCAAGAAUCCUCUGCAAUGUGUUUGUGCUGCUUUCGCAUCGUACAGCAAGCAAUGUGCUGCAAUACAAUCUGUUGUCGAGUGGAGAUUCAAAGGAACGUAUUUGUACGAACCUCUAAAGGAAUGUGCGCAAGAGUGUAAAAAUCCGGGUGAAAUAUUCACAGAGUGUGGUUCGUCCUGCGCCAAAACAUGUCGUGAUUUAUCAAGUGAUUCUCGAUGCAGUGAAGAAUGCGUCCCAUCAUGUCAGUGUCCUGAAGGUCAAGUGCUUGAUGAUAACAGUCGCUGUGUUCCUGUGACAGAAUGCACUUGCUUUUUCCAAGAAAAAGUUUAUCAACCUGGUCAGAGUAUCAAGAUCGGAAAUUGUAAAACUUGCACGUGCAACGCCGGUGGUAUGGCCUGUUUAGAUGACAAAAUAUGCAGCAGUAAAAGACCGUGCGAGUCUUUCCCGUGUAAAAAUGGGGGUGUUU